GAUAAGUAAGAUUCCCACCCACCACUUACCACUUCAGUACCCUUCUUCUUCCUUGUCCACUCUCUUCUACUACACUAGAACUACUGAGAAAUUUCUCAAUUUCUCAGAGAGAGAGAGAGAGGGAUGAGGCUUUAGGGGAAGGUUUUUAUGCGUGGGUGGUAAGCCUAACUUCUUUUACAUUCAUCAUCUCUCCCCGCCAUCUACCAAGGCAAAAAACCCUGUCUCGGUUCUCUAUUUCACUGCUUCAUCUCUACUUAUCCACCAUUUCAUUUCACUGUUCUCAUCGUUGUCACUACCAUUUAUUUUUCAGUCCCUAAAAAUUGCAAACACUGAUUCAAGGUUGCAAACCCAAGUCAUAGAAAUAAACUAUAUAUCUUUUUUUAUUAGGAGGCAAAAAUCUUUAUGGCUCUGUGCCCUAAUAUGAUUCUGAGCCUUGUUGUGCUCUUCAUUUCUAAAGAUGUUUCAGGUACUACAUUUACAUUUGUGAACAAGUGCGAUUUCACUCUCUGGCCCGGAAUUCUCGGCACCCCAACACUCGACUCCACAGGAUUCGAGCUCCCAAAGGGCGGUUCACGUUCCUUCCAAGCCCCAACCGGCUGGUCCGGCCGGUUCUGGGGCCGAACCGGCUGCAAUUUCGACGGCUCAGGCCACGGCUCCUGCUCCACCGGCGACUGCGGCUCCAACCAAGUCGAAUGCAACGGCGCCGGAGCCACCCCUCCGGCGACCCUAGCCGAGUUCACACUCGGGUCGGGUACCCAGGACUUCUAUGACGUCAGCCUCGUAGACGGGUACAACCUGCCCAUGUUCGUGGAGGUGAGUGGCGGGUCGGGUAGCUGUGCGGCUACGGGUUGCGCGGAGGACUUGAACCGGAAGUGCCCGACGGAGCUCCGAGUGGCUGAUGGAGACGCGUGUAGGAGCGCGUGUGAAGCAUUUGGGAGUCCGGAGUAUUGUUGUAGCGGCGAGUAUAGUUCGCCGUCGACUUGUACGCCGUCUGUGUACUCGCAGAUGUUUAAGUCGGCGUGUCCGAGAUCGUAUAGCUAUGCAUAUGAUGAUGCCACGAGUACGUUUACGUGUACGGCUGCUGAUUAUAUUGUCACGUUUUGUCCGUCCGGCCGUCGCCAAAAAUCAUCAAAAGAUUCACCAAAUCCAACAGAUGGGUCGGGGUCGUCGGCGUCGGAGGAAAUGUUGGCAAAUACAGGGUCAUGGCUAGCAAAAUUGGCCACCGGAGACUCAACCAGAACACACUCUCCUCCUCCUCAUCCAGCUCUUCUAUUUGCAUUCAUUUUUCUUCUUCUUUUUCUUGUUUCUAUUUCUCAAACACUCUCAUUCCUAUAAUUUGUUAUAGGCUAUAGUCUCUCUCAUAAUUCAAUCUUCCAUCAUGUAUCACUAAAAGUUAGGAAAUCAAGUUUAACAAAAAUCCACAUUGUAAAUCAACCCCACUUCAUAAUUCUCCAUAUCUAAUGUUAGAUACUUCUAUUA